AGAAAGGAAAGAAAGAGGAAAUUAAGAAGCAAGAGAGUAAAUAAAGCAAAGAAGAAGAAGAAGAAGAUGGCAACACAAGCCUUAGUGUCGUCUUCUCUCACAUCUUCUGUGGAGGCAGCAAAACAGCUACUGGGAGGAAGGACCCUUUCAAGUGGGUCGUCGUCCUCCUCCUCCUCAAGGAAGUCUUCCUUGGUUGUAAGAGCUGCUUCUACACCCCCUGUCAAGCAAGGAGCAGACAGGCAGCUCUGGUUUGCAUCCAAACAGAGCCUAUCAUACUUAGAUGGCAGCCUCCCAGGUGACUUCGGAUUUGACCCGCUGGGGCUGUCGGACCCAGAAGGUACAGGCGGGUUUAUUGAACCAAAGUGGUUGGCUUACGGAGAGGUCAUAAACGGGCGUUACGCAAUGUUGGGAGCAGUAGGCGCCAUAGCACCGGAAAUACUGGGGAAGCUGGGGCUGAUCCCGCCGGAGACAGCGCUGCCGUGGUUUCAGACUGGGGUGAUACCACCAGCAGGAACAUACAAUUACUGGGCAGACCCAUACACACUGUUCGUGAUGGAAAUGGCACUUAUGGGUUUUGCAGAACACAGAAGGUUCCAAGACUGGGCGAAUCCAGGGUCGAUGGGUAAGCAAUACUUCCUUGGUUUUGAGAAGUACUUGGGUGGGUCAGGUAAACCGGCUUAUCCUGGUGGUCCUUUCUUCAAUCCACUGGGAUUGGGAACAAAGGAUGAGAAGGCAAUGAAGGAGUUGAAGUUGAAGGAAGUCAAGAAUGGGAGAUUGGCUAUGCUGGCCAUAUUGGGUUACUUUGUUCAGGGACUCGUCACUGGAGUUGGUCCAUUCCAGAACCUAUUGGACCAUUUGGCUGACCCAGUCAACAACAAUAUCUUAACCAGCCUCAAGUUCCACUGAAGAUUAUUAUAUG